AUGCAACAACCUGAUUCGUCCGUUAAUUCCUAUCAUCAAUAUGCAAAACAAGAGAGUACUGAAGAUAAUACAAUUAGCAUUCCGCAAAUCACCGAUACCAUCCAAGAAUUCAGCAGUAAUGUUGAACAAUUUGAGAUGACCAGUGAGAAUUUGGCUACAUCAGGACAUUAUAACAAUGCAUCACGAAAAUCAAUUAAAGAUGAUAUGACGGAAGCAAUGCGACAAAUAAAAUUAGGGGACGACCCAUCGAUAAUUGCAGCGAUAUCCAAAACUGCUUUUUACAAUUUAUCUACUUCUACUGUUACUCUUACACCUGUUACUACUACUACUGCUAAAAUUAUUUCGGGUAUCAGUACUGCUACUACAACCGGUAAAUAUAAGAAAUGUAAAUUUAAGGCAUACAUUAAAACUUCUCCCGAUACUUUUACAGAACUUCUAAAAUUUCUUGCCGAAAGUAUGAAUGUCGUGGAUUUUCCAAAUGCUACGAAAACCGAUGUGAUUUCAAACUCUAACACAAUCGAUAAAAUGCUAUCCUUUGGGAAAAGUGCGUACUCAAAGAUGUCGAUUAUUCGAGAAUUUCCAACUCCCAGUAAUUUCAAAACAACGAAUCUACAAUACGCUGAAAGUAACGAAGAAAGUGAUACAAACCAAAUUGUUAUGACAUCGACAGAAUUUGCUACAAAUUUACAAAAUUCGCGAAUAACAACAUUUUUGGCACCAAAUCCCACUUCAGUUUCUUCACAACUGAUACAGAAAGAUAUGGUGGCAAUCGAUAAAGAAACCGAAACGGAAGCUGAAAAUGAUGAAAGUAAGGACGAGAAAGAUGAUUAUGAGUAUGAAGAUAUUCUGUAUAUCAGUCCACCUGUUACUAUUACUACUACUACUACCACUACUACUUCACCAACUAUCACCACUACUACUACUACUACUACUACUGCUAGAAGUAUUAGUGUCCCUGAAUUCACACCGUUAUCACAAUCCCACCAUCAUCAUCAUCAUCGCCAUCAGUAUGAGCAUUACGACCGCCAAUCGCCAAUAAUCGUCACAGCCUUAUUCGAUAUAGGUCGUGGAAAAUGGCCCAGGUACACCAGAACCUAUGAGCAGUAUAUGAAUUACUUAAAGCAUUUACUGAAAUUAAGGAAUUGUCUAGUCAUUUAUACCGAUUCAAGGGGAGCCGAAUUCGUGCGACAAAUGAGGAAUACACAUAACACCCAGAUAUUUGAAAUGUCGAUGCGUGAUCUUCCCUUGUACAGGUAUCGGGAAGAAAUAGAAGGUAUCAUUCGACGAGAACAGGAAGAUUGGCGAUUCGGUCCAAAAACACGUUACCAUCCGGAAGCGAAUAGUGCCGAUUACAAUAUAAUUGUCAAUUCAAAGCCGUAUUUUUUAUAUAAUGCAACGCAAAAUACCCGAUUUCGAGCUUCUGACCGAAUAUUUGCCUGGAUUGACGCCGGAUAUGGUCACGGCCGAGAAGGAAUCAUUCCGAAGUAUUGUCAUUGGCGACCAGAUCUUCGACGCGAUCGCAUAACAAUUAUUAAAAUGACACCAACACACGAUAAAGUGUCCAGGUACUCGAUAACUGAUUUGUAUCGCGUUGAUUGGGUUGUAUUAAGUGGUGGCUUCAUUGCCGGUGACAGUCAUACCAUUAAUCGUUUUUAUCGGUUUUACCAAAAAUCAUUUAUGGAAUUGUUAGAUUCUGGUCGGAUUGACGAUGACCAAACAGUGUUAACACUUAUGCUUAAACAUUAUGCGAAUUUGUUCAAUCCGAUUUCUAGUAACGGUGAUUGGUAUGCCAUAUUUCGACUAUUUCCUUGUCAUGAUAAACAAUGA